ACCAAGUACUACGUAUACGCCUUUCUCCGCUCCCUGUACUCACUGCACUGCACAACCGAGGGUCUCCAAAACAUUCCCCACAGAGACUUCGAACAUGGAUGAUACAGAUGACCCGAAACAAAGCACUGCUGACAUGACAGCUUUUGUCCAAAAUCUUCUUCAACAGAUGCAAUCCAGGUUCUAGACAAUGUCCGACCCCAUCAUUACAAAGAUUGAUGAGAUGGGCAGCAGGAUCGACGAGUUGGAGCAGAGCAUCAAUGACCUCAGAACCGAGAUGGGAGUGGAAGGAUCGCCAUCUCCUUCAGCCUCGUUGAAGCAAAAAAUAGAGCCCAAGUCAGCUCAUGAUUCAGGCAAGGAGUAACUAUGUCAUGUUGUGUUGCUUUAAUCGAUAGGGUGUGUUUACUGCCUGAUUUUGAGCGUUCGUUUGGCUGUUCCAUUUGGAUCCAAAUCAUACUAUAUAGAUGGUCACUCGGAGCAGAUCUAUACUCCAUGGAUUUGUAAGCAAGGCCAAAUUUGAUUGUCAUUUUCUGACAGCAAUGUAGGAAGCCCUUUUGAUUCUCA